GUACUAGACUAGUCUACACAAAUUAUUGUAGGUACCGAUAAUAACUUAAUAGAGUAGCCUACUCGUGGCAUGCUCAUUCGUUCAGAUAUCAACCAAGGUCUCUUUAGAUCUAUCUAACGUGUUGAGCUUGCUUGUGCUAGCAAGCUAGCAACUGUAUCAACCGAACGUUACAUCCCAUUUUAAUGGUGACGUUGCACUAAUCUUCAAGCAGGCGUCUUUUGGUUUGCAGGUAUUUUGAUUCGCUGUUCUUGUUGUAUGAGGUGAUGUCGACGAGGAACUGCUUUUUCUCAUCGUAAGCUUACAUUUUCUGUGUACUUAGACAACGUAACAGAACAACUUUUGAAAAACGUUUAACAGAGAACAUCGGCAGCCGUCGGCGAAUGGAAAGUACAAAUUUAGCUUCCUAGCAAUUAUAGUCAACGUUUGUAUUUCGUAGCUUGUGAGUUAGCCAUAUAGCUGGCUAGCUAUCUGUGAUAUUUAUUCCCCUGUUGUUGAAGAUGAUACUAUCAAAGUGAGCCUCCCCCACUGGGUUCCUUCUCCUAACGUGCUAGUCCGUAACGUUAGCUGUGUUAGUUGCUCAGUGUAAAGAUGGCAGCGGCCUGGCAGGACCUAGCAACUCAGCAGGCCGAGGUACUAUCAGAUCGUCUGAGGGAGCUGCUGUCCACCGGCCUCGGCCUGCUCCGCUCCGAGCUCGGCGUUGAUGUGGGUCUGAAGCCCGAGCUUUACCCAACAUGGGUUAUCCUCUUAACCGCCUUCCUUGGGCUGCUUGUCAUCGUGGUGUUCUGGGUCGCGGCCUGUGGUGGCAUAUUCGGUGGAAAGAAGCAAUCGGUCAGAACUACUGAGGAGAGUAACGAAAGCACGAAGGCCUCUGUGACCAAAGCUGUCAAAACUGAAGAACAGAAGAAAAAGAACAAAAAGAAACCUGCUGAGAAGUCAUCAAUCAUCCAACAGAAAGCACAACCUAACGGUCGCACUGUGGUGGACCUGCAGGAAGACGCCAAGGGUGCCGAAGAAAAUCUGAAACCAUUUCCUGCUGAGGUCAAGACUGAGAAGUCAAAGAAGAACAAGAAGAAACCCAAAACAGAGGUGAAGCAAACAAAGACCAACACCUCUACUGAUGGCAAAGAGCCAGAUGAAGGCAACUGGGAAACUAAGGUCAGCAACCGGGAGAAGCGACAGCAGCGGAAGAAGGACAAGCAGCCUGAGGAUUCUGGGAGCCUGGGAGGGGGGGACCCCCCCGCCAGCGCCCCCGUGGAGCAGCCCAGACUCACAGUUUCUGUACCCGCGAUUCAGAGGAAGAGCAAAGGAGAAGCCCAACGCUCUAAGGCCGGGAAGGGAGAAGCCGUCAUAUCCCAAGUGUCGGCCAGCUGGAGCGAGCCGGCGGCGCUGAACGGCGGGGGCUGGAACGACAAGGCCAUGAAGCUCCCGGCCCAGACGCUCGCCCCCGACGCCGAGAACUGGAGCCCCGUCCCCAAAGCGGCCGGCCGCCGGGGCGUCGAGGCCACCGCCUGGAGCCAGGAGAUGGAAGGGUCGUGGAGUGGGGGAGACAGGAGGAGGAAGACGGACCGGAGCCCGGCCUCCUUCACCCCGUUGGGAUUAAAACCCACAGGAGAACCGCAGUGUGACACUCUGCCCAAGGUGGAUGACGAAUGGUCUGGCCUGAACGGGAUGAUGGCAGACCCUGGCUCUGACUGGAACGCCCCCUCAGAGCUGUGGGGGAACUUCGAGGAGCCCCAGCCAGAGCGCCCCGCCCCACCGAAGGAGCCCGCUCCUGAGGCUAAGGGGUCUGAGGACGAGAAGGAGAAGAGCGACGGGGCUGCGGGGGACAGCGGGAAACCCAAGAAGAAGAAAAAGAAGAAGAAGAAGCAAGAUGACGCAGGCGCCACUCCCCAAGAUUCUGGGGAGCCGGAGAAGGAGACUUUGGCAGGGAGCCAGGAGUCCAAUCCGCCCGUCAAAGAGAAGGCGCGGUCCAUCCCGGCUGGAGCUCCUGCUGCAGAGCCAAGGCCAGAGAGACCGACUAGGGCCCCGGACAGCAUAUCCCAGAAGCCCUCCACACAAGUGCCACAGAGGCUAGCGGAGCCAGAGUCGACUGCCAAGCAGAACAGCGCGCCCGCCCCUGCACAGAAGAAGCAUGAAGAGAACUGGGAGUCUCCAAAGCAAGUGAAGAAGAAGAGGGCGAGGAGAGAAACAUGAGUUUGCCCUGGAGUCCCGAGGAGUCAUAUGCAAAAGGAUUUUCGAGAAAAAUUCCUGUUUAUGCAAUAAUUUGAGUGUACAGAAUUUUAUACGAAUUAUGACUGUACUUUUUUAAACGUCGAGAAAACGAGAGAAAUCAAACCCUGGGAGCCUGACCUCCGUGCCAGUGGAGCAGGGGAGGUUCCCCAAACCGCAUCGAUCGAUGUGCACUGUUAGCCCCGCUCCGCUCGACAUUUCAGACCCACGUGUAGGCAGGCACCAGACCCUAAAUUAUUAUUAAUAUUAUUGAUUAUUGUUUUGUUUAAAUUUGUUCCUUAUUCCAGUGAAUGUGGUGAAUGUAACGGUGUGGGUGGCGUGAGGUUUUAACACCGCGGGCUGAGCACGCUGUGUGCGGCUUCCUCGGACCUUUCCUCUGCUGUGCUUUUAGCGCGCCGCGCGCGGUCACCGUGGCGACGCCGCUGCUGUGGAACAGCCAGGCCCUCGAGAGCGGUAGAGUUCACAGAGCUGAGAGAGCCCUGAUAAUAGGGGUGUUCCGGAGGGUUCUGAGCAUUUGGUAACUGGCCAGUUAGCAAAAAUGCCACGAAUGGGAGAUAUCUCAUUUUAGAGAUUUUUUUUGUUCAUAAAUCACACUCUACCCCGCCUGCCCUUGAGUAUUUCUCCCCUUGGGUAUAUUUUUAUUACUGUACUACUUUAUGACCUGACCUUUUUAGAUGUUAACAUUUCUAGCUGGUUCUGUCCUGGUACUCUCGUUGGUUGAUUUAAAACUUUCCUUUGAUGUAACCUCUCUUUGUAACGGAAAAGGCCAAGCCAUAUGUAAAGAAAUAAAGGCCUUUUCUCUGUCUGAAACUCUGUGAGUGCGGUGUGCUGCAGGUUAUGACUUUCCUCCCGCUAACCCGUUCAUUCCUGGUUUAUUCCCUGUUGCCGAUGGUCGAGAAACCAACGACUGAAGUGCAAUAUAUGACGUGGCAGGUUGUAGUGAGGGUGUCUACACAGCUUUAAAAACGUGUGAGUCGUUAAUACUGUAUCAGGAAUGAAAUUCUAUUGCCUUAACCUGUAGUAUGUAUGGCGUGCUGUAGAUGUCUUUGUUCGUUGGGAUGAGUGCACUUCUCUCUACAGUCUUUUCAGCGCUAAGAGGGGGAGACCGUUACAGUCUGAACUCGACGUCGGACAUAAUUUAUAUCACUGAUACAACUUGUCCAUGAACCUGGUAGACACGCUUUGCACUGUCAUGAAACUAAGUCAGCGGGCAGGUUUUUUUUUCUUUUUUUCCUUCUUUUUUUAAACUUGAUUUGUAAACCUUUGUGGUGUGAGGACUACGGCGCUCUGUAAAAUAGCCUUUUUUCAAGAGUGUGAAAUGAACCGCAUGCAGACACGGGAGCUGAGAAACGGGGGAGAAAAAACCCUCUCAAGGCGUCUGAGCGAGGAAGGUGUUACGUCAUGCAUCAUUCUGGAACUGCCACAACCUUUUACGGUUGUGCCAGUGUCACCUGUGGUUGCAUCCUCAAUAUGGGUCUGCCUUAUCAGAUAACAUCCUUCUUUUCUUUUCACCAUCCUACAAUACUGGCUACAUUUCCGAUUCGUUUGUUUUCACUUUCUCUGGAAUGUGCGAAGCAAGUAUGAUCAUGCGUUUUUAAUAAGAUUGUUAAAUGCAAUGACGAUUAGUUUGUUUAAAUAAAUGGAGAAUCUUAAUCUGCAAAAUGUUUUUUUUUUCUUUUAUUUUUUCUGUAAAAAAAAAAAAAGCAGGGCUGCAUGCCAAACUAAAUACGAGAGUGGUAAUGUUUGUACAUAAAGAGGUGAUUUGAGCGAAAAUAAAAUUGAAGUGCAUUUGG